UUUGUCAACACUGGUGGAAAACUACUAUCCAAAUUGUUAUUGAUUUGGCUUAGGAGUAAUGAAAAAUAAUUUUUAAUAUGGAGUCGAAGAAAAUUGAGGAGGGUCAAGAAUUGAUUCGACAAGCAGAGAAAAGCUUGAAAGUUGGAUUAUUAAAAUGGAGACCCGACUAUGACGUAGCCGCAGAUGAAUACACAAAAGCAGCUACCGCUUUUCGUAUAGCUAAGUCCUAUGACAAAAGCAAGGAGUGCUUACUAAAGGCCAUUGAAUGUCAUAAAAACAAUCGUUCAUGGUUCCACGCUGCUAAAUGCUAUGAGCAAAUUAUUCUUAUAUUGAAAGAAAUGAACAACUUACUGGAAAUUGAAGAAAAUGUAAAUAAGGCUUGCAAUCUUUAUCAGCAACAUGGAUCACCUGAAGCUGCUGCAACGGCUUUAGAUAAAGCCGCAAAAAUUGUAGAGCAUAAGCAUCCUGAUUUAUCUUUAACAUUCUAUAAACAUGCUUUAGAAGUGGUCAUGUUAGAUGAUUCCACACGUCAUGCUGCUGAAUAUGCGUCGAAAAUUUCGAGAAUUUUAGUCAAAUUGAGAAUGUUUGAUCAAGCCACUGAUGCAAUAAGACGGGAAAUCGGUUUAAAUCAACAAACUGAGUCAUAUGGGCAAAUUGGUCGCUUAGCCGUGGCCCUUGUGUUGGUUCAACUAGCUCGGGGAGAUUUUGUGGCAGCUGAAAAGGCUUUCAAAGAAUGGGGCAAUUGUUGCGAUUCAGAUGAAGUUCAAACAUUGGAAUUGCUCUUACAAGCAUUUGAUGAUGAGGACCCAGAUUCAGCUAAACGUGCUUUAGCCUCUCCUUUUAUUCGCCAUAUGGAUGUUGAAUACAGCAUUCUCGCUAGAGACAUUCCGCUCCCAGAAGGAUUGCGAACCGCACCGAAAGCUGAUGUGAUCAAAGAUGCUGCUCCUUCCUAUACGUCUCCAAAUUCUGAGCAACAACAAUCUGGUUAUGGACCUACUGAAUCUAAUGUACCUAACAAUGAUGAUGAAGAAGAGGAGGGCUUGUGUUAGUCAUUAUUAAAAGGCUUUACUUUAAACACUAAUAUUCGUUUUGGUAUUUAAUAAAGUUAAUAAAAGUUUACUCCCUUAAAGAGAUAAA